AUUAUCACCAGACUGAAGAGCUCCACAUCCGCAACAAGCAAGGCCGCUGUUGCAGACGGUCAGUUGCUACGUCAACACGUUAACGCUGAAAAAAUGGGUUUAUUGACAAUUCUUAAAAAAAUGAAGCAAAAAGAGAAGGAAGUGAGACUUUUGAUGUUGGGUCUGGACAAUGCUGGUAAGACAACAAUACUGAAAAAGUUUAAUGGCGAAGAUAUUGAUACCAUUUCACCAACUCUUGGUUUUAACAUCAAGACACUUGAACACAGAGGGUUUAAACUGAACGUCUGGGAUGUUGGUGGCCAGAAAUCCCUCCGGUCCUACUGGCGUAACUACUUUGAAAGUACUGAUGGUUUGGUUUGGGUAGUAGACAGCGCAGACCGCAUGAGGCUGGCAGACUGUCGGCGUGAACUUAACAGUCUUUUACUUGAAGAGAGACUGGCUGGGGCAACUCUACUUGUGUUUGCCAACAAACAAGAUUUACCUGGUGCUCUAUCUUCAGAAGAAAUCAGACAGGCUUUGGAUCUUGAUAGCAUCAAGACACAUCAUUGGCUGAUUCAGGAUUGCAGCGCUGUUACAGGGGCCAACCUUCUUAAUGGUAUCGACUGGCUUAUUGAUGACAUUGCUUCACGCAUUUUUACAAUGGAUUGAGUAUGCUGCUCAGUUUUCCAUUUUGAGCUGCAGGUCUUCUCCCUGAAAGUGGUUCUAAAGAAUAAAAUGCACCAUCCAUGAUGAAAAAUGCAACACUAUUACUGCUGUGGGUGUGAAGUGGUGAAGUUUCAAGUAGAAGCAACUACAUCUACUGCAUGCCAAACUGUUAUGUGUCAGACCUUUGAAGUAAAAUAUGGAUCUCGUCCUCCCCACCAGAUCAAUACGAAUUUUGAGGUCUAGCAACAUUUGGGAAAUAAUUUUAUGAACUUGUGCAACCCAAGUGAACACAUUUAGCAAAAUGCUUAAUAUUGACAAAUAGGUUACCAGAUAAUCACCAUGAAAAAUUUUGAAAUUUGUGGUACUUUUUGUGAUUUCAGAUCGAGGUAUUAGACAUUAGAUUAUUGUAAAUGUCCAUUGCAUUUAAUAGCUGAAUACGUUAGUUACUGUGUGAAAGUGUAGCAUUUACUUUUGUUAAUAUUUUAUGGAUGCAGGAUUCGAAAUAAUUUUCCUCUAUAGCAAGUAAAUGCUCUGCUUUGCAUAUUUCCUCCUCCCUCUUGCCCACCAUAUCAGUUUAGAUGCAACUAAUGUAAUAAAGCUGGGGGCACAGGUAAUGUAAAAGGCCUUUUUUCCUGGGCACACUGCUAAAACAUCAAACUUCAAAAGUUUCAGUCCCACAUUUGUGCCAGCAUCUGGUGGGCAGUGUCACACAUUUGUAGAAUGAAGCUGGCAGAAGUGUUUAAAAGUGUAGUUCCCAUUGGUCUGUAUCAUAUUCUUAAUGAUAAUGACAAUAACAAUAUUUACACUGCUGUAAAUCCAGCAGAUUUCCAGGUUUGGGCAAUUAAGUCUGGACUUAGCUUGACCUGUUGAAAUAAUAACUCCUGCAUGUUUGCCACCAAUUCAGUUUUCUUGUGACCCUCACGCUCAACUUUGUUAAACAUGUUUGACAAUAUUUACUUGGUUAAGAAGGGCCUUUAAACGAUUUUUGUUAUUCCAUAGAGGCAAUGAAAUGAGUGGGAUAGCAUUCUAAAUUGUUUAAUGGUGUGAUUGAUAUAUAAAGAAAAAAGUCUUUUGUUUAAAUUGUGGGUCCUAUAUCUAACAGCUGUUGGGACAGUGAAUGGGAAGUGUUUGUUGUGCCACUGAAUGUAAAAAUAGGAGUCCAUCAAUUUUUUUUUCAGUAAUCUUUUACAUUCCCAGAUGAAGUACCUAUCUGUUGGAUGGGCAGGCAAAGUCCAGUCAUAGGCCUGCCUGCUUGCUCUGCUCUUAAGAGGAACACACUAACCACAUGGCUUUAGCACCUCCCUCUUUCUGGUGUUUAUAAUUUGAACUUGUCUUUAAACAGAAUAUCAUUCAGUUGGAUAUUGCAAUGUAUGCAUACAUGGACUCAUGUACACACAUACAAUGCAGGCGUAUACAUAUCCAGCCGUAUUUUUCUUAAAGGAUUAGACUGUCUGCAGUCUAGCAUGGUUGUACCAGCUGGAAAGAGUACACUGUAAAAGGAUUGUUCUGGGAUAUUUCUGCCAACAUUGUUUUACUGUAAAACUGUGCCGUAUGGUUAUUAGUCACUUAAUCCUACCCUGCCAUUUGUGUUGUGAAUAGACAUUGACUAUUUAGGUAAAGUCAACAAUGUUUUGUCAUCCUCAAUGCAAUCUCAUCACAAAUAAUUUAUUUAUAUGCAUAAUUCAUAUAUUUUCAUAGGCAGAUGUCACAUUUGAGUCAUGCACCUUUGCUGUGUUAAUGAUGUUGCUAUCCAGAUAAACGUAAAUAAAAAUGUAAGAAAUUUUGAUGGAAAAUAAAUAGAUAAAACCGAUUUUAAUCCUUUAGCAUUCAUUCUUGUAUUCUAGGGCCAUAAAUUAAAAGAUAUUUAAAGGGGAAGAAGCCACAAACAUAUUGGAUGAACAUGGAAAUGUAAUGUUUAACCCUUGUAAAUUUUUUAUCAGCAUUAGCUUGAGUACUUCAGAUUGCUCAAAAAAAAA